GCGGUUGGGCAGCGCGGGCUCCGGGGCCUGAGGAGCCGGUGGCGCCAUGGAGGGCGGCGGGGGAUCGGGGCGCAGUGCCCGGGACAAGAAGAAGGGGAAGGGGCCAGAGGAGGCGGCGGCGGCGGGGUCCGGGGACUCCGGCAAGUCAAAGAAAUUCACUUUGAAGCGGCUCAUGGCGGAUGAGCUGGAGCGAUUCACCAGCAUGCGGAUAAAAAAGGAGAAGGAAAAAUCCAAUGUGGCUCAUAGGAAUUCGUCUGCUUCCUAUAUGGAUGUUCCUAGUGCAGGCCAGAUGCUGCAGGAAAUCACAGAUCAGGAAGUGCUGGUCCUCUUUGAACAGAUGCUGGUUGAUAUGAAUCUGAAUGAGGAGAAGCAGCAGCCCCUGAGAGAGAAAGACAUAAUAAUCAAGAGGGAGAUGGUGUCCCAGUAUCUACAUACCUCCAAAGCUGGCAUGAAUCAGAAGGAGAGCUCCAAGUCAGCCAUGAUCUAUAUCCAGGAGCUGAAAUCAAAUCUCAGGGAUGCCCAACUGCUCGGUUGUUUGGAGUCUCUGCGAGUGUCGCUCAACAAUAACCCUGUCAGCUGGGUACAGAAUUUUGGGGCUGAGGGCCUCAACUGCCUGCUGGACAUAUUAAAAAGGCUCCAUGAUGAGAAGGACGAGGCACCCAGCUCCUAUGAUACCCGGAGCAAACAUGAGAUCAUCCGAUGCCUGAAGGCUUUCAUGAACAACAAGUUUGGAAUCAAGACAAUGCUGGAAACAGAGGAGGGAAUCUUACUGCUGGUGAGAGCUGUUGACCCCAAACUCCCUUCCAUGAUGAUAGAUGCUGUGAAGCUGCUGUCUGCUCUCUGUAUCCUGCCUCAGCCCGAGGACAUGCAUGAGCGAGUUCUGGGGGCACUGACAGAGCGAGCAGAAGUGGAUGAGGUGGAGCGAUUCGGUCCCUUGUUGGAUGGUUUAAGGGGCGGAACCUCCGUGGCACUGAAGGUAGCCUGUAUGCAGUUGAUCAAUGCCCUUAUCAUCCCUGCUGAUGAGCUCGACUUCCGAGUUCAUAUUCGAAGUGAACUGAUGCGUUCUGGGUUGCAGCACAUCCUUACGGAGCUGCGGAAACUGGAGAAUGAGGAACUGAAGGUGCAGCUGAGUGUAUUUGAAGAACAUGGUGAGGAGGAUUCUGAAGACCUCAGGAGCCGUCUUGAGGACAUUCGCAUUGAAAUGGAUGAUUUUAGUGAGGUCUUCCAGAUUCUCCUCCACACAGUAAAGGAUUCCAAAGCAGAGCCAUUCUUCCUGUCCAUCCUGCAGCACCUUCUGCUGAUCCGCAAUGAUUAUGAAGCCAGGGCUCAGUACUAUAAACUAAUUGAUGAAUGCAUUUCCCAGAUAGUUCUGCAUAAGAAUGGUGCUGAUCCAGACUUCAAAUGCAAGCACCUCAGCAUUGAUAUUGAGGGGUUAAUAGAUAACUUGAUUGAUCAAACGAAGGUGGAAAAAAGUGAGGCCAAAGCAGUGGAGCUGGAGAAAAAGCUGGACUCAGAACUCACUGCACGGCAUGAGCUUCAGGUUGAAAUGAAGAAGAUGGAAAGUGACUUUGAACAGAAACUCCUGGAUUUAGAUACAGAGAAGCAAUUCCUGGACAAGGAGAAACAACAAAUUACCCUAGAGAAGCAGAGUCUGGAAGAUGAAAUCUCCAAGAAGAACAACCAGAUCACUAAGUUGUCAAAGGAGCUUGAAGAUACUAAGAUGGAAAUUGCUGCUAUCUCUUCUAAAGCUGCAUCUGCUUUGCCUCCAGCGGCGAUCCUGCCCCCGCCGCCUCCCCCGCCGCUCCCUGGAGCUACUGCGAUCCUGCCCCCACCGCCUCCCCCGCCGCUCCCUGGAGCGACUAUGAUCCCGCUGCCGCCGCCUCCCCCGCCGCUCCCUGGAGCGACUACGAUCCCGCUGCCUCCGCCUCCCCCGCCGCUCCCUGGAGCGACUAUGAUCCCGCUGCCGCCGCCUCCCCCGCCGCUCCCUGGAGCGACUAUGAUCCCAUCGCCGCCGCCUCCCCCGCCACUCCCUGGAGCGACUGCGAUCCCGCCGCCGCCACCUCCCCUGCCGCUCCCUGGAGCGACUGCGAUCCCGCCUCCUCCCCCUCUGCUCCCUGGAGGUCCUGGGAUCCCACCGCCUCCUCCAGGAAUGGGUGGCCCUCCUCCUCUGCCCCCUGGGUUCGGGGGCUGGGGAGCCCCUGCAGCUCCAGCUCUCCCCUAUGGAUUGGCUCCAAAGAAACAAUAUAAGCCAGAGGUGCAGCUGCGGAGACCUAACUGGUCUAAGAUUGUGGCAGAGGAGCUCUCCCAGGACUGUUUCUGGACCAAGGUGAAAGAAGAUCGAUUUGAGAAUGAUGAACUCUUUGCCAAGCUAACGUUCACUUUCUCUGCCCAGACUAAGACCUCCAAGGCAAAGCAAGACCAGGAAGGUGGACAGGAGAAGAGUACACAAAAGAAAAAGGUCAAAGAACUGAAAGUGUUGGAUUCAAAGAGUGCACAGAAUCUCUCGAUUUUCCUGGGCUCCUUCCGUAUGCCUUACGAGGAGAUCAAGAAUGUAAUCCUGGAGGUGAAUGAGGCUGUGCUGACUGAGUCCAUGGUGCAGAACCUGAUUAAGCAGAUGCCAGAGCCAGAGCAGCUGAAGAUGCUGUCAGAGCUGGGAAAUGAGUACAAUGAGCUGGCUGAGUCUGAGCAGUUUGGUGUUGUGAUUAGCUCGGUUUCCCGCCUGCGGCCCCGCCUCAACUCCAUCCUUUUCAAGCUGCAAUUUAAUGAGCAGGUGGAGAACAUCAAGCCUGAAAUUGUCUCUGUAACAGCAGCCUGUGAGGAAGUGCGUAAAAGUAAGAGCUUUUCCAGCCUACUGGAGAUAACCCUGCUGGUGGGCAACUUCAUGAAUGCAGGCUCCAGAAAUGCUGGUGCCUUUGGCUUCAACAUUAGCUUCCUCUGCAAGCUCCGAGACACAAAGUCCACUGAUCAGAAGUUAACAUUGCUGCACUUCCUGGCCGAGUUGUGUGAGCAGCAGUACCCUGAUGUAAUGAAGUUCCCUGAUGAGCUCAUCCACGUGGAGAAAGCCAGUCGAGUCUCCGCUGAGAAUUUACAGAAGAAUUUGGAUCAGAUGAAGAAACAGAUUUCAGACCUGCAGCGUGAUGUUGAGAAUUUCCCCGCUGCCACAGACGAGAGAGACAAAUUCGUGGAAAAAAUGACCAUCUUUGUGAAGGAUGCUCAGGAGCAGUAUGAAAAGCUGCGAAUGAUGCACUCAAACAUGGAGAACCUUUUUAAGGAGAUGGGUCAGUACUUCCUGUUUGACCCCAAGAAAAUAUCCAUUGAGGAGUUCUUCAUGGAUCUGCACAACUUCAGGAACAUGUUUCUGCAAGCUGCCAAGGAGAAUCAAAAGCGACGUGAGACAGAGGAGAAGAUGCGCCGAGCUAAACUGGCCAAGGAGAAAGCUGAGAAGGAAAGACUGGAGAAGCAGCAGAAGAGAGAGCAACUGAUAGACAUGAAUGCAGAGGGUGAUGAGACAGGGGUGAUGGACAGCUUGAUGGAGGCCCUGCAGUCAGGAGCAGCGUUCCGGAGGAAAAGAGGACCUCGCCAGGCAAAGAGAAAAGCCGGCUGUGCUGUCACCUCACUGCUAGCCUCGGAGCUGAUGAAAGACAAUGCGCUGAGUGCAGUACCAAGCAAGGCAUUAAAGAGCACCGAGGAAGCAACGGAUGGAGGGACCCAUGAUGAUAGCAUGGAGAUGAUCAGCCGUUCAAGCUAGACCUGGGCCCCUGACUAGGGCUGAAGCCUGCAGGACUGAAAGAGUUUUACAGAGGAAGCAAAAUACACUGGGUCACUUUGCAAUCUUUUUGCAUGGAUCUGAGGGGCAGUCUGAUUUCCUUCUUGCUCUUAGGGCUGCUUGUGCCAGCUUUGGCCUUAUGGUUAUUGUUCCAUAUCUCGUCUCCAGGCUUCAGUCUUUCUGCCUCUCAAAUUACAAAGCAAAAAGCUUUACCUGAAUGUAAGCCAUGCUUGGAGCAAGGCAAGAGACACUGGGUCGAGCUCUCCCUUCCCUGCAGGGGGAUGGUAGAGUGUACUGGGAGAAAAGGGGCAUUGAUGGAGAGUUUAGAGACUACUGCCCCACCCAAACAUAUCCCUGCACUGGGGGUUGCCAAAGCAGGAACAUUACAAGCUGCCUUAACCCAGACUACUUUAGUUUGUUACUUUGGGGGACGCUGCUGGGCCAGGCCAGCCAAGGCAGUUCCACGGGUGACUUUCCUCCAGCGGGUCUCAAGGUUCCCAGUCCACUUCCUUAUCACCUGUAUGUGGGAGGAAACCUUGUAGGUAAAUUUAGCUGGACUUCUACUUCUCCAACUUCUGUGCUGUGUUCUUGGACCGAGCACCUUAUCCUGCUCCCUGUUCUCACCGUGUGCUAGGAGAGAAAGGGGCUCCCUAGACACCUGAGGUGCCAUUGCCUCCCUCAGGACCUGCUGCUUUCCUGCUCUUCACAUGCCUGCCCUUUGCUUGCUCUAUUUAUUGCUAGCAUUCCCUUAGCAGAACCCUUCCUGCCACUGUGGAAAUGAUGUCAUAGCAGUGAUGACCCAACAGGAAGAGGUGAGUGUUUGCUUGGGGACAAGAAGCUGCUUCUGGUGUAAUAGCUGCCUCUGCAUGCUUUGGAGGUUAGGAAUAAAGGUUGUUGGGUAUCACUAAGUGGCCUGAGGUUGAGACCUCGUCCCACCCAGUGUCACAUGCCUGAGUGAAAGCAUUCACGGCAGCUCCCCGGCAGCAUCUGCUUAGAAUGAAUCCAGGCUGCACUUCUAUCUGCACAGGACUCUCUCCAUUGUACACGAUUUCCCAAUCUUUUGUGGCAAAUCCCUUGUGUGGCUACGAGGGCUGGGGGCUGCAGCACGAGGGUUGGGGGCUGCAGUGUGGACCCCAACUUCCUCGAGGCUGCUUGCUUCAGCUGUUGUGUUGUGCCAUGCAGAGGAACUUCCUUCCCUCCUUGCCAUGGCAACAGGCGGGUGGAGCCUCCCUUUGGCUAAGAAAUCACUUUGCAAAUGUAUCUAUUUUUGUAUCAGAUUUUGUUUUAAAAGGAAAUUUGAAUGUAAGAUAAAAAUAUCUGAAAUAUUUGCAUGUUUGUGGAAUUGCCUCCCUGCACUGUAUGCCCUUCAUUGUCUGCUGUGGGAAUUGCCUGCCCACCUCCAGCACAGCACUGUUCCUCUCUGUCCUCCCCAGGGGGAUUGGGCUGCCUACUUGCUGCACUGCCUCUGGGUGCCAUCCCCAUGGGCAGAGAGCUGCCUCGUUCAUGCACUGGCUGUUAUGGGCAUGAAAUUAGGGGAGUGAAAAUGCUGGCUUUAGUGUCUCCUCUUAUCCCCAGUGUGAGAUGAUGUGUGAUACAGUGUAGUUUAGUACCUAUGGUUCUGGCAGCUCAUAGCACUCUUGCUCCAGCCUGGCCUGGUGGUGGUGGGAGUGUGAAGAGCAGAGAUGUGCCUGACAUCCCAAGGCAGAAGGUGUGGGGAUUAAUCCUGUCCCAUGCCUCACAAUGUUCUUUGUGGGCGCAAUAGCUAAGAAUGUGCAUGGCUCGGCCCAGCUUCAGGCCCCUGUGUACUGAGGUGCUGCUGUUCUUGUAAUUUAAUAUAUUUAAGGAGUCACAUUUGUGAUGUGAUCAGAGUGCAGGAGUGAUCUGUAAAGGCCCAGUGCAGACUGAGCCAGGCACAUACCUCUGCUGCUGUUGCACCUAUGAGCUCUCUAUACACAUGGAUUGGGUGGGCAGAUUGGCUUUGCAUGCACCUGUCCAACAUUAGUGCCCCAAGCCCUGUGCACUCUGAGAGCAGAGCGCCCCUCCCAGCUGCAGGCACACCCAGCCCUAGUCAUUGCAGGAGGUUCUCUUUCUAGGGACUGCUCUUCACAAGCUGAGGGUCACAGAGAUAGGCUCCAUUUCUGCAUUUGAAAGAUAGUGAAUUACAGGCAUCUACUAUCCUCAGCUUAUAGGACCUCUGCCCCAUUCACGCUCUGCCUGUGGAACUCUUCACCCUCUUUCACAAAGGAAGGGUUCUGGGCCUGCAGCCUCUCAGCUGUGCUGGGGUACCGAAGCAGCAGCAUGGGGCCUGAAAGGUAGUUGAGUCUGCAGAAUUCAGGGAAGGAAACAGGUUGGGGACUUUAGCUCUGGGGAGAGAAAGCAGAAGGGGCAUUAAUAAGGAAAACCAGCCCAAACAGGCUCUAAUUGUAGCUCAUUCUGGUAUCCAGUGUCCCCCCCAAAAGUUUUGUGCAGGUUGGAGGAGCAGGGAUUGAAAACUGCUGCAAGAGAGGAGAGGAGGCCCUUCUGUGGGGUUACCUGUGGCACUCUGAGUGGCAGUAUGGGGAUGUGUUCCACUGCAGCCUCCUCCCCAAACCAAAGGAGUCACACUGGAAUCUUUGCAACUUUUAUUUUUCAAUCUACUUUGGUUAUGUUUGAUAACAACAACAUUCCAUUUUCAUAGUGUUGGGGUAUUUCCUGGGACUUGUGAUCAUAUCUGAGUAUUUUGGUUUGAAAUGUUAAUAAAAAAUUGGAACUGUGCAGGA